UGAGGCUUCAGACAGAAUCGAUUUCAUGACACUGGCCUCCAAGGAGUUUGUCCUACAAAACAAGAAGCAAUCGUCCCCAAAGAACAGCUGUGAGAUAGAGUGAGCCCCUCUAGCAAUAGAGAAAAUGAUUUUCUAAACACCCUAGGUGCAUGCAAAUGGCAGAGGCAAGCUCAAAGUACAAAUGCGCAUACCAGACGUUCUUUCUUCUUCCAAAAUCAGCUUGGUAAACGGGUUACCCACGCAGAAUCUGCACUGCCACUUGCGAGGUUAGCUCGCCGUUCCCCAUCUCUGUCACCCAAAGCCACACACUAAUGCAUGUUAAGUUUCAGUAAGAAACUUUAUGCCCUUUGCCAUGGAACAUCCCUCCCCGUGCUGCGACCUCUCUCUUCACUUUCCUCGGCUCCUCUCCCAUCCACACGGAUGCAAACAACUAUGCCCCACUCGGUUGACAUCAUUUAUCGAGUAUCCUCCUCGAUCAAAAAGCCCAAUUGGGAGGACGACAAUGGCUUGAAAUCACUGGUUUCUUACAUGAACCCAGAUUCCGCUUCCAAAGUUUUGGCGCUUCAGAGCAAAGAUGUUCGCCUAGGCCUUCGGUUCUUCAAGUGGGUGUGUAGGCACUCCACGUAUUGUUAUGAAUUCGAUGGCAAAAUAGAGAUGUUAAAUUCCUUGGUAACUAGUAAUUCAAUUCAAAUUGCGCAUAGAGUCCUGAUUUUGUUAAUUACGGAAUGCUGUGUAUCUGAAACUGAGACCUUGAAGUUAAUGCGCACACUUGAAAGCAUGACAAAGGCAGGAUUUAGGCUUAACUAUUCUUGUUAUAGUGUGCUUUUGAUGCGUUUAGCGAAGCUAAACAUGGGUGUACCUGCGUUUCAACUGUAUGAGAGAAUGGUGGGAGAUGGGUUUGUUCUUGCGCUUAUUGAUUACACUGCUGUAGUAAAUGCUCUGUGUAAAAUUGGGUUCAUAAAAUCUGCUGAAAUGUUCUGUUCUAGGGUUUUGAAACUUGGAUUUAUGUUAAAUGUUCAUAUCUGUACAUCUUUGGUCUUGGGUUAUUGCAAGGUAGGUGAUGUUGUUGACGCAUGCAAAGUGUUUGAGACAAUGUCGAAAGAAGACGGUUGUAAGGCUAACAGUGUUACAUAUUCAGUAUUAAUUCAUGGUCUAUGUGCAGUUGGUAGGAUAGAGGAUGCCUUUCAACUAAAGGAGCUGAUGAAUGAGAAGGGUUGUGAACCUAGCACGCGCACAUAUACUGUACUCAUGAAAGCUAUUUGUGAUAGGGGAUUGACUAGUAAGGCAUUCUGUUUGCUUGAUGAGAUGAUAAAGAAAGGUUGCAAGCCAAAUGUUCACACAUACACAGUGUUGAUAGAUAGAUUAUGUGAUGAGGGAAAGAUUGAGGGGGCCAAUGGUUUGUUCAGAACGAUGAUGAAGGAUGGGUUGUUUCCUAGUAUAGUAACUUACAACACAUUAAUUAACGGUUAUUGUAAAGAGGGAAGGGUGGUGUCUGCCUUUGAGCUACUUGGUGUGAUGGAAAGAGGGAAAUGCAGACCAAAUAUUCGUACAUAUAAUGAGCUAAUAGAAGGAUUAUGUAAAGUAAACAGACCUUAUAAAGCAAUGGAACUAUUGGAGAAGAUAAUCAGUAAUGGACUGUGGCCUAAUGAGGUAACCUACAAUAUAUUGAUGGAUGGCUUCUGCAAGGCAAGCCAGCUGUCUGCAGCUUUCAGGAUUCUACAAUCAAUGAAGCUUGCAGGCAUUGAACCUGAUGGUUUUACUUAUACUAUGUUGAUUGAUGAGUUAUGCAAAGAUGGAAAACUGGAGCAAGCAUCUGGUUUCUUUGGUUUGAUGCUCAAGAAGGGAAUAGCACCUGAUGAAGUAACACUAACUGCUCUUAUUAAUGGUUAUUGUAGGGCUGGUAAAAUUAGAGAUAGCUUUAUAAUUUUUGACAGAAUGAUAAGCAGCAGGUUUUUGACAAGUCCACAUGCCUUCAACUCAUUUCUUGAUGCUCUCAUCAAACAAGUUAAGUUGGCUGAAGGUAAUUCUAUUUUUGCAAAAAUGCUAAAGUAUGGUUUUAUACCCUCUGUAGUGACUUACACAAUAUUAGUGAGUGCACUCUGCCGAGCAGGUAAUAUUAGCUCUUCUUUGAAAAUCAUAGAUGUUAUGAAGCAGGAUGGAUGUCAACCGAAUGUAUACACUUAUACUGCAGUGAUAUAUGGUCUCUGUCAUAGUGGUAGAAUUGAAGAGGCAGAGGACUUCUUGUUUAAAAUGCCUGAUUUUGGUGUGUUCCCAAAUGAUAUCACGUAUAGUAUCUUGGUUAAGUCACAUGUGAAAGGUGGCAGUUUGGAGCGUGCUCUUGCUAUUGUAAGCACCAUGGUCCAGAACGGGUGUGAGCCUAAUACUCGCAUAUAUUUUGCACUACUUUCACAAAUUGUUUCCUCAAGUAUGAGUGGGUUGGAUUUAAAAUUGCCUUCUAAUGAAUUAGACUCUGAUUCUUGGAUUACCACAAAAGGUGGUGUUCAUUUCUUCGCAGACUCUGUUUUUAGACAGAUGGAUGCCUCCCAUGUUGCCCAUCUUCGAGAUAAGAUCAAGCAAUGUGGGGGCAAUACAUUGGGUGUGUACAACUUCUUAAUUUUAGGGCUAUGUAAAGUUGGAAGAAUAGCUGAAGCAGAGGAUCUUGUACAAGAGAUAGUGAAGAGUGGUUAUACUCUUGACAAAGCCAUAAGUUCAUGUAUCAUGGAGUACUUUUGCAGAUAUCAAACUUAUGAUUAUUGCCUUCAUUGGGUAAAAUUGAUGAUUAACAAUGGUUGGAUUCCAUCCUUUGCAUCAUGUAGUUCUGUAAUUCUUGGUCUUAGAAAUGAUGGGAAAUUUAAAGAAGCUAAAUGGCUGGUCUCUAACCUUUUAAGGGAUAUUAUUGAUGAUGAAACUGCAAUCUCUUCACACAUUGAAUUUUUGUUAAAGGGGGAUGAACCAUUCAAGUGCUUUGAUCUUUUAAAUUUGAUUCACAAAAUUCAUCUCUCAGAGAGGCCAAUCAUCUAGUUUGUCCAUUCGAGGCUGUUGCAUUAUUGAUCACAAUAUUUAGUUUCCUCUCUCUAUGGAUCCUCGUGGUUUCUCUAUGUCAACCGGAAACUUAGUCUCGUGGAAGAGCAACAAGCAGAGUGUGAUUGGAAGGUCCAGUUUGAAAUCCGAAUAUCAUGCGAUGACCCAAACAACUUGUGAAUUGAACUUGUUACUAUCAAAUGCAAGUACUUAAAUUUAGGUUGCAGUCAAGGGAAAUUUUGUAUUACUGAGAAGUCUGCAUAAGUAAGACUAAAGUCCCUUUGUAAAACUAAGUCAUCCUAAUAUCAAGUUGAAGGAGGCUGUCAGGGAGAAGGAUGAGCGGCAACAUUAUAGUUAAACUAAGUCAUCCUAAUGAGUAUUCUUUUGUUGUCUUCUUCUUCUUCUAUUUUCAUCAGGAUUUAUAACCCAGUAUUAUAU